AUCCGUAUCGACUAUGGGACAUGGAUCUUUAUUCAACAUUGUUAUGGUAUCUCCGGCUGAAAAGGGCGAAUUAGAAACCCAGCUUCGUCUCUAUGUCCCUCCCUCUGCAGUCAAAGAUUUUCCAUCAGAGCUAUACUUCAAAGUGCCUUGGACACGUGUUCCAGAUUUAGUGGAGAAACGAAGGGUUUACCUUCGAGCCGGAAUUGCGUAUGUCGCCAAACGGGAGCAGUCGAGUAUCAUCUUUCAGCAGUUCCAAGCCGAGCUCGAAAGGGCCUUGGAACUCACUGCGAGAGCACUCCCAAGAAUGGACGAGGACCGCCUCACUCCGAUUCUGAAUCACCUAUCCAAAGGUUUCCUAGCGGGCAUCUCCUCUGAAUAUUCGAGUGCACCAGCAAGUGGUGAAGCGGAUCACCACCUGAAACACCAGGCUCGACUACAAUACG